AUGGCCGAGUCACAGAAUAAGGUUUUUGCCGCCUUUUGGUACUCCAUCAUAGGCCGCCUCCUCUGCACCAACAGCAGAAAGAAAGAUCAGAAGGAGGAAAAAAAUGGAGUUAAGAUUUUUUAUCUUCAUCAUUUUGAUCUUCACAGUUUGAGUCCUCAUCAACCAAUGUUUGCGUCUUUGGCAUUCACAACUCAAGCCAUGAGGCUGUUGGAGGAAGAGCAGUUUCCUCAGUUGAAUAAGAAAGAAAAGGACCCGUUGAAACCGAAGCAACCGAUGUCUGCGUUUUUCAUGUUCAGAAAUGAGCAAAGAGCAGAGAGCAAGAGUGGCUGGGAGAAGAAGAAGAAUAUUGAUGAUCCCAACAAACCGAAGAAGCCUGCAUCCUCAUUCCUUUUAUUCAGCAAAGAGGCAAGGAAGAACUUGUUGGAAGAGAGGCCGGGAAUUAAUGACUCUACCCUUAAUGCCCUCAUUUCAGUGAAAUGGAAGGAAUUGAUUGAAGAAGAUAAGCAAACCUGGAAUGAAAAAGCUGCAGGAGCCAAGGAGCCAAGAUGGAAUUGGAAGAGUAUAAAUAACUCCUUCAGCUUUUCUUCUUGA